AUGAUGUCGACCGCUGCUGAGACCGCGCCGCUGGCGAGGUGCGCACGAGGGCAGAGAGGCUGGUAUACGAGCGAAGCGCAGCAAGAGAUCUCCGAAGCGGCUAAGGAGAUCAAGGCGGCCCAGCAGCAGCUGCGUGGGGCCUCAAAGAACAGCGCCUCCGAGGCGACCCUGAAGGCGAUGCUCAAGGCGGCGCAGAAGAAGCGCAGCAUCGCGAGGUGGAGAUCACUGAAAACGUUCUUCGAGGGCUAUGUACGGCAGCUCGAGAAAACGAGCCGCGAGGGGGAUCAGGCGCGUUUCUACAGGCACCUGACGAUGAUCGACGUCGAGGGGGACGUACCACAGCACUGGAAGGAUGCCACCAUCAAAGUGCUGUUCAAGAAGGGGGACACGAUGGAGUGCGGCAACUACCAGGGCAUCUCUCUCGUCGCACACGCCGAGAGUAAUGCGGUGUUCGCGUGCUUCGUCGACCUCACCAAGGCAUACGAUUCGGUGGACCGAGACCUACUGUGGGACGUGCUCCGACGCUUCGGCGUGCCCCCGAAGAUGCUUGCGGUCAUUCGCCACUUCCACGAGGGCAUGAGGGCGCGCGUCCGAACGGACGACGGGCAGUACUCGGAAUGGUUCGACGUGGGCCAAGGCCUCCGACAGGGAUGCAACGUGGCCCCGCUGCUGUUAAUCUUGUUCUUUGCCGCGAUGCUCAUGGUCGUCGUAGUCGAGUUCGACAAGGACCCCAAGGUGACGGCGAACAUGGUCAAGCUCGGGACCCAAGUGGAGUACACGGGCAAGAAGGGCAGGUCGGCGGGGAAGAAGACGACGGUGGUGACGGACGCGGAGGCCUUCUGAGCCAUGCUCUACGCUGACGACGCGGCC